AUGUUGGUGAUUUUAUCACAUUCGAGAAUAUCAGUGAGUUACUUGGGGACUGCACCUUCGUUAUUCCGGCUUCCAGCCUCGCAAACACGUUUCAUCGAUUUCGAACAACGGCACAAAGAAAUGAUGGAAUAUGAAUCUAUUAUACGCAAAAAACCAGCGGAAUCAGUUGAAGGUUUGCUCACCAGUUCUUACGAAAUUCAACUUCUAAAAUUUUCAAGUUUAGCCUUAUACAUCUUCCGACACAACUACUAA